UCAGCUAAAUAAAUUAGUUCCACAUGUCUGUUCUCAAAUAUCAAUUCAAAAGAAAAUAUGCAAAUAUUUCACAAGCGAGCUCUUUCUCUGAUUUAGGAGGGCACCGAAGAGCUGCACAUAGUCAAAAUUGAAUUGGAGCUACGGUACUGCGUCUGAAAAUAUUUCAAAAAUGUCGCAAUUGCGUAGGAAAAAAGUUGCAAUUAUUGGAGCUGGUAUUAUUGGUGUUUCGACUGCGAUAUGUCUACAAGAUUCAGAUCCAUCUCUAGAAUUAACAAUAAUUGCUGAUAAGUUCUCACCGAACACAACAAGCGAUGGUGGUGCUGGAUUGUGGAGUUGUCAUCCCGGAAAAUGGGUGAAGGGCAGUAAACCAGAAAAACAAAGACAAUGGGGUGAAGGAACACUUCACUAUUUGAAAUCAAUUAUUGAAUCUGACAUAGAAUGUAACUUUGAGAUGAGCUAUAUAACUGGAUAUUUUCUCUAUGACCACAUUAUGCCCGAGGAACCAGCACUUCAAGAUAUCGCAUUGUAUUACAAAAGGUUAUCUCGAGACGAAUUGGGAAAAUUAGGGUUCUCCAGUGACCUUAUUGAUGGCUUCACCACCACAUCAGUGAUGUUCCCUGGUACUCCAUAUUUACGGAUAAAGUUGAAGCAGUUUCAAAAAAAUGGAGGAGAGGUCAUUAAGAGAAAAGUCAAAUCAUUUGAUGAGUUUGCCGGAAAAUUUGAUGUGGUUGUUAACUGUACUGGAGUAGGCGCACGUGAGCUGUGCCAAGAUGAAGAAGUUGUGCCAACAAGAGGAUACAUUUUAAAGAUGGAUGCACCUUGGGUUAGACAUUUUUACUAUAUACACAGAAAACAAGAAUUGGAUGCCGGCCUUGCAACAUACAUUUUUCCCAGAUUCAAAGAUGUCAUUGUUGGUGGAACAGCUCAGCGUGGGAAUUGUAAUACAACUGUUAAUAAAAAAGAAACACAAGAAAUCCUUGACAAAGCCUCUGAGUUUGAACCUACAAUAAAGAAAGCUAAUAUUAUGGAAGAAUGGGUCGGCUUACGUCCCGUAAGGGACCAUCUUCGUUUGGAAAAAGAGAUUAUUGAAGUCAAGACUCAAUAUGGUUCUAAGUCCAAGUUACAGGUGGUUCAUAAUUAUGGUCAUGGGGGAUGCGGUUUGAGCCUAUUUUGGGGCUGUGCUGAAGAGGCGACAAAACUGGUUCAUAGUUGUUUGUUACACAGUGGCCUAUGAUUUUAGGUGACAUGAAUGGAAUUGAUAUAUAAAUUGUAUAUUAUAUAUAACUUUUUGUUAUUUUGUAAGGGAUUUUUAAUUAUCAAUCAAAUUU